GUGAUUACACUCACGUCUUGAAAGCCUGUGAGUGUAGCUGCCUGGGAUGUCUUGGAUAUGCUAUAUAAAGCAGAGCACGAGUUAGGGUAACGCGAACCAAUGAAACAUACCCACUCUCCAAGCAGUGCUACUGGAACUUUUUACUUACUCAUUUCAUCGGGAGGUUUCCACGGGAUUUGUGUGUAACUUAGUAUCAUUUUCACAAUGGGGCAUAUACCACACUGGCUUUUGAUUUUACAAACAGUGAUAUGUGUAUGUUUUGAUAUUGACUUGAGUGCGAGGUCCUCUUCCUUCGCGCAGGCGACAUCUGUGAUACCCCACAGGACUUCCAAUGAUUUAUACAUGGAUCCCUGUAAAGCAGCUGGCUUCAUGGGAGACAUAGCGAUGACAGAAGAUGAAUAUGAAGCACAAAAACACAGAUAUCGGGAGAGAAAUCAGGGACUGUGGGAACUUCAAGUCGAAGACCCUGGAAAUUAUGGAUAUGAGGAUAAAAAGUUCAGUAAAAAGGAUAUGCUUAAUCCAAAAACAUUAAAAGAUAAAAGAUAUUUAAAGAAAAUUUUAAAACAAAAAGUUAAACAGAUGAAGAUACCAUGUACAAAAGGGAGUAAAAAAAUAUGUCGGAAAGAUCGACAUACAAUGAAGGAAGAAAUAAAAAAGUUACGAGAGAAAUGGAGGAAGCUCCGGUCCGAACUGAAGCGUCAAAGAGGAAUCGCAAAGAAAAUGAGACAAGAUGCAAGGAAAAAGAAUCCAUCCAGAGUUUUGAAGAUUGACCGAGAAUCUAUGUUUGAAGAAGAUGACACGGAUAGAAAAUCCAAAAAGUCCAAGCAGUCGUCAAGGAAACGGUUUCGCCGAGCAGCAACGGCGAAGCCCAACCGACUGUGGGACUAUGGUGUCAUACCCUAUGAAAUUGAGUCCAAUUUUACUGGUGCCAACAAGGCAUUGUUCAAGCUGGCCAUGCGACACUGGGAGAACUACACGUGCAUCACCUUCAUAGAGAAAAGGGCAGAGGACCAGGACUACAUUAAGUUCACAGAACGUUCUUGUGGAUGUUGUUCCUUCGUGGGAAAGCGUGGCAAUGGCCCACAAGCUAUAUCCAUAGGCAAGAACUGUGACAAGUUUGGUAUUGUUGUUCAUGAGCUUGGUCACGUGAUCGGGUUCUGGCAUGAACACACACGUCCCGAUCGCGACAAUCAUGUACAGAUCAACUAUAAUCACAUCAUGCCAGGCCAGGAAUACAACUUCAACAAGCUGACACCGAGUGAGGUGAACUCUCUCGGCGAGGAGUACGACUAUGGCAGCAUCAUGCACUACGCUCGCAACACAUUUGCCCGCAACACGUACCUGGACACGAUAUUGCCGAGCAGAAAGCCAGGUGUGCUGGUGCGGCCGGAGAUUGGACAGAGAGUACGACUCAGUCCUGGGGAUAUCCGACAAGCCAACAAGCUCUACAGAUGUCCAAAGUGUGGUCGCACAUUACAAGAAUCCAGCGGCAAGUUCUCCCAUAAUCCUGUCACAUCCAAGAGCAACCUGUGCCAGUGGAGGAUCUCUGCUACACACGGAGAGAAGAUUGUCCUCAACAUCACCAAGCUGGACAUCCCCAAGUCCUUCAACUGUGAGAAGGAUUAUCUGGAAGUCCGUGAUGGCUACUAUGUCAAGUCUUCAUUGCUUGGUCGCUUCUGUGGCGACCAGGUGCCAGAUACACUUGUUUCCACGGACACCAGAAUGUGGAUUGAGUACAAGAGCAGCAAGAAAGAGGGCAAGGGCUUCCUGGCAGAGUAUGAAGCUAUCUGUGGUGGAGAGAUUGUCCGUGACUACGAGGGCCAUCUCACCAGUCCCAACUAUCCUGAUGACUAUCGGCCAAAUAAGGAAUGUGUCUGGAAGAUCACAGUCCCAGAAACCUUCUCCGUUGCUCUCAAGUUCCAGUCAUUUGAGAUUGAGAAUCACGACAACUGUGUAUACGACUAUCUAGAGGUGCGUGACGGCCACGAGGAGACGUCGACCCUCAUCGGGAAGUACUGUGGCUACAAGAUCCCUGAAGACAUCAAGUCGACCAGCAACAAGCUCUAUGUCAAGUUUGUGUCGGAUGGAUCUGUACAGAAGGCAGGCUUUGCUGCAAGUUUUGUGAAAGAAUAUGAUGAGUGUGCCACUGACGUUCAUGGCUGCGACCACAUCUGCGUGAACACCCUCGGAAGUUUCAAGUGCAAGUGUAGAAUCGGCUACGAGCUCCAUUCAGAUGGGAAGAGAUGUGAAGAUGCGUGUGGAGGUUACAUCGACCAGGAGAACGGCACCAUCCAGAGUCCCUCCUUCCCAGAACUGUAUCCCCCCAACAAGAACUGUGUGUGGCAGAUUGUGGCGCCGGAACAGUACCGAAUCAUGCUCAACUUUUCCCACUUUGACCUGGAAGGAAACAACCGUGACUGUGAGUACGACUCUGUACGGGUCAGCAGCGGGGUGGGCAAGGAUUCCAAGCUCCACGGGGUCUACUGCGGUGCCUCUCUACCCACCGCGGUCACCUCCGAGGUCAACACAUUGAGGAUAGAAUUCAACUCUGACAACUCGGUUCAGAAGUCAGGCUUCAAGGCCAACUUCAUGACAGAUAAGGAUGAGUGUGCUGUGGACAAUGGUGGGUGCCAGCAUAUCUGCAAAAACACAGUGGGCUCCUACAAGUGUGCCUGCUACAACGGCUUCACACUGCAUGAGAACCAGCAUGAUUGUAAAGAAGGUGGCUGUCAACACGAGAUCUCUGACCCCUAUGGUGAAAUCAGCAGCCCCAACUGGCCAAACUUCUACCCCAGUCGGAAAGACUGUGUGUGGCAUUUCACAACAAAACCAGGUCACAGAAUCAAGCUAACCUUCCACGACUUUGAGCUGGAGCCCCACCAGGAGUGUACAUAUGACCACAUCAUCGUGUUCGACGGAGACGAUAACAGCGCCAGAAGUCUAGGUAAAUUCUGUGGGAGUAAACAACCCGAUCCGAUCACCUCCAGCGGGAAUAGGAUGUACAUGGUGUUCUACUCGGAUGCGUCAGUACAACGCAAGGGCUUCCAUGCUGAACAUGAAUCAGUUUGUGGCGGUCACCUUGUUGCUACCAAAAACAAUCAGAACCUGUUCUCCCAUGCCAAAUAUGGCGACCAGCACUAUGACAACAGAGAGGAGUGUGAGUGGACGAUACAGGCCAGGGAGGGCUACCACAUCAGGUUCCACUUCGUGGAGUUCGAGGUGGAGGAGGAGACAGACUGUGGCUACGACUCCAUCGAGGUGUUUGACGGUGCCCACGACACAAGUCCCACCCUGGGCAGAUACUGUGGCGCUACAAUCCCAGAUGACAUAAUGUCAUCAGGAGAGACUCUGAUGAUUCGUUUCAAGUCGGACGAUACGCUCAACUCGAAGGGCUUCUAUGGAACAUUCAGGCUGGAGGAUAACUCGAACACACAGACGUUUGAGACUGUCAAAGAGUUGGAAACAGAGUUCCAGUGAGGCCGGAACUGAAAUAGUUCACCAACAAAUUCUUGCCAGAUCGGCGCAAGCCUCGGCACCAUCUUCCACCAUUGUCAUGGCAACAACACAACAGCUGAUAUUACCAAAAUAGGGCAGGGUUGGUGGCUCCAGUUGUCACGAUGAAGAUGACAAACUAUUUCUUCAUGGAUGUUCAGUGCUAGCCAUUUUAAGAGUGGAAUCAAAAUAAUGGAACAGUAAGUUCCAAAACCAUAGAUUCAGAGACGUGCGUCAUUUAGAGUGUAUGAAUAUUCAUAUGUGUUGUUUGUUGGUCUGGGUUCUCGGCUUGACAAACAGUCUUGCCGCCUGAUUGGUUAAAAAUUGGGACAUACUCAGACGCUCUGGUAUAAUACUCAAACACACCUGCAGAUGGGUGACGAAAUGGAGGGAGAAGAAUUAAACGGGACUUCAUUUUAAGCAGAAGAGUGCUGUGAGAGUAUGUUUAUAGCUCAAUACCUUUGUAUAUUGUCAUCUGUAUUUGUUAUUGAUGUUACCAUGGUUACUGUGUACAUAACAUCAGAUCUGCUACCUGUGAAAGUCAUCACUGCUUCUAAACCAGAAAUUUGGUUUACACAAUUUAUACACAGGCCUUUCGCUUGAAAUGAGUUCUGUGAUUGUAGAGUUUUUAUGUGGAUACAAUGUUUAAUUCUCACCAGAAGAAAAACUUGCUUUUAAACAAGCCAGAUUCGGAACAAGUUAUUGAGAUGUUUAACAGAAAAUGCCUCAAAUGUUUAUGUCAUUUUGACCUGACUUUCAUGGAAUGGCACACUUGUAAAUAGUCGGCGUUAACAAGAAGCCCUCUAAUGCAAACAUUCAAUGAAACUUUAGCAGCGUAUGAUGAGACAUUAUACAGAAAAAACAGUUACACUUAUAUCAAUGUUGUGAAGAUAUAUUAAAGAAAUCUUUACAUUUUGUAAAACAUGCUUGCAUGUCUUUACUGAAAAGUAAUAAGCAAUGAUAUUUUUGUAAAAGCCAUGCUUUUGAAAAAAACAAACAGUUUAAUUGUUUUAUAACAUCAAACACAUUUCAUCAAAUCAGGGAGGUUAGAGUCCAGCUCAACACAGUGAUGGAAAGCAAAUGUUUUGUUUUUUCUGAAAAUUGAUGAUUAUUGUUUGACAUUAAAAAAACAAUGGUUAUCCCCAGGUUUGAAGUUGAAGACAUUGGAUGAGUUUUGCAUUAACGAGGCGUAUUGUUAGUGUGUUGUGCAAUUUUGUGUAUUCUGAGCAUAAUUUAGUAUUUGACCAGCUCACAAUCUAUAUAGGAUGUGAGCAUUAAUAACAUGGUGCUUGCCGAGUCCACAGUGAACAGGUUUAUCAUUUAACUCAUUUGAAUGUUGUUGAUGUUUUAGUAUCUGUUUAGCAGCAGCAGUCAGAUUCGAAUCUAAAAUCCUGACAAGGUUUUGGAUAUUUUCUGGACAGUGUGAUAUUUGAAUUAGUGCUUUGUAAACAUUUAGUAACUUGCCACAUUUCUUGAAUGUGGGAGCUAGAAUUUUAUUCUAAUGUUUUAUGAAUAUGUUAAAACUGUUUUAUUACAAGUGAUCUUAACACAAAACAUUUAUUAAUUCAAUGUGUGAAUUUUAAAGAUUUUAUUGAUGUAAAUCAAAUUUUCAAAGACCAAAACAUGAGAUGAAAAACAUGCUGCUAUUGUACAUCCUCGAAUGAUUUUUAUAUAUUUUGAUAUUUGACGUUGACUUAUUUCAGUCUCUGUACAGAAUGAAUUCAAGUCAGAAAUAAUAUCACUGUAUACAACUCAAGCAGGCAGGGCCUAUCACAUAAGGAAGGGAAUAAAGCAACAAGAAAAUAACUCAAUUGUAAACAAUCUAGAGUACAGGGGUAUUCACAUCACGUUCAUGCAAUCUGUAGAUACAUUUCAUUGUGUAACAAACAUUAAGAGUGUUAGUAGGAUAGAUAUCUGGGGUACAGUCAAGAUUGGAUCCAGCGUUUGGGGAAAACUAUGCUUGCAUCUUGUGAUUGGAAAUUCCGAUUUGUGAAAGGAUAUCACCAAAUGGGAUAGUUGUGUGUUUACAUUUAGUAAAACCAGUUAACUACAAAUUGAAAAUUUGGAAGACUCCACUUCUUGAGUCUGUGUUCAAGCAGUGAAACUGUGAAAAAGGAUUGAAAUGGGUGUGUUUAUAUAACUGUCCAUGGUUACACACACGAUGCCUUUAAAUGAUGUGGACAAUAUGAAAAAAGCUGCUUCAUCAGCAUUAGCUGUGAUAAUUGUAUCUCGGUACUUGUCGCUGUAAACGUCCAUAAUUUCAAAAUCAAAAUCGUUUAUAGUAAUCAGAGCAGAUACAGUUACCACAGCUGCACUAGCACCUGAUCCCCAAACAGCUGUGAGGAAGGGUUGAAUUAAGAAGGUGGUGGGCUAGUGCUUCAGAUGUUGGUUCAACACACCUGGUUCAAUUCCCUAUGUUGGUACAGUGUGCCAUCCAUUCUUGGUGUACCCAUGGAGAUGCGAUUGGAGGUAUUUCAACAUGGCAUAAUACCAUGGUCACUCACUUGUUCCACAACAAUAUAAUGGGGCAUUAAGUAUUAUCUCGUUCAUUCAUCAACCUCCAAACUACCUUUCUCAUUUUCUAAAUUGCAUCAGUGAUGGGGAUGUGGUUUGUUAGUGGAGAUUAAUCUAAGGUAACAUCUACAUGAAAGUCGCUGGAAUCGGUUUCCCAAAGUGAUCUUUGUUAGAGAAUGAGAAUUGUGAUAAGCCUUUGGGAUAAGAUGGGUUUGAACUGUGGUUCCAUAAAGCAGUCUUAGCUCUUUGACCAUGACAAGUUUCAGUUUGAGAUUGGGAAUUAAGAUAGUCUCAGGGCUAAGAUCACCUAAAACAUUGUCACAGAAAGGAAUCUCAUCUCUAACCAAUGUGGCAUGGUUCUGUCAGAGCAAGGGCGGUGUGCCUGACUUAGCUCAAAGAUCACAUUUAGCAAUGGUUCCUGAAAAGCAAUACUUUUUGCUAUGACUGUGGUAAUGCUCUGUGAGAGAAUGGUAAUUGCGACAGUCUUAGCACAAAGAUUGCCUUGGGAUGUGCUUCACAAAGCAGUCUUAGGCUAUUAUGAUGGCCAAGAUAGUCAUAGUGAUAUCUGUGUGAGACGGAAACCCCUGUUAUGAUAUUGAUAUGAUGCUCUUUUACCCAAGUUCGUGAUAACGCCUUCUCCCGCCUCCAUUGUGCUGAUGUACAUUAAUUUUAGUCAGGGAUGUAGCUCUACGGCAGUGAUGUUGUCUGUGAGUGUUGUUUCAUGUUGUUAGGAAGCCUGGUUUCUAUUGGUUGUUGUACCAUAUGAUUAAUGUAGCAAGUUUUGUGAUGGCAGAUCAUUUUUAGACUACCAGUCUUUGUUUUACAUUUGAAGCACUUUUGGAUGUGAAUUUACAGUUUAAAAAAGUCGUAUUUGAUACCAUCAAUAAAACAUGUACAGCGUUUUA